AUGUCACAUGAGAUCAUCGCUAAGACAAUCACAGCUAUCAAGGAAUGGGAAGCAGCUCAGCAGAAGAAACCACCGCCAAGUACAUCUCUAUGUCGCCCUCCUCUGAUUUGCGACUGCCCCGACUCGACUGUCCUCUUCUACACCGACGAUGCGUGGAAAUCAGACACAAAGAACGCCGGACUUGCGUGGAUCUUCACUGAUCUAGCGACCCAGGAGAUCAAUCGGAACUCGGCGACACAAGACUCUGUCUCCUCCGCACUGAUGGCAGAAGCCCUAGCUAUACGAGGUGCUCUCUUACAUGCAACCUCCCUCCACUACACCAAUAUCUGGAUCCGUUCAGACUCCAAGUGCUUAUCCAAGCAACCAACUCGAGAAGACAAUCGGUAG